AUGACCGCCGGCACCAACCGCGAGAUCCUCCUCGCGGGCGCCGCGGCUGCCUUCACGGUUGACCUCCUGGUUUACCCGCUGGAUACGAUCAAGACUCGAGUUCAGUGCGGGGAUUACAUUACGAAAGAUGCGUCCUCUGUGGCCAAGACGAGCCGGACGGUAGCCCUGCGCGGACUUUACCAGGGCGUGGGAAGCGUCAUCUUGGCAACCUUGCCCGCGGGUAACUGGGGUGUUUUUACCGUCUAUGAAGGCGGCAAGUCGGUCCUAGGGAGUCAUCGUCCUCGCUUCGUGCCCGAGGCUGCUGCACACUCUCUCGCAUCAGGGAUCGCAGAGCUAGCAUCGUGCCUGAUCCUUACGCCAGCAGAGGUCAUCAAGCAAAAUGCCCAGAUGCUGAACCAAUCCUCCGGCUCAUCCGCCCCACGGAGAAGCGCAUCCAUCGAGGCGUUUCGCAUGCUCCGUUCAUCCGAGCAGGGCGCUGCCCGCCGCUUGUGGAGCGGCUACACGGCGCUGGCCGCGAGGAACUUGCCAUUUACCGUGCUGCAGUUCCCCAUCUUCGAGGGGCUGCGUGCGGAAAUCAUCAAGCGGCGUGGCGCGGGACGCGGAAGUGAAGCGGAUAGGGGGUUAUGGGAGGUAGGGCUCGUGAAUGGCCUGAGUGCGGCGACGGCUGGGUCGAUAGCGGCGACUGCGACGACGCCUACGGAUGUUGUGAAAACGCGCAUGAUGGUGCUGGGUGGAGGAGAGGACAAAUCUGGUGGAAAAGGUGCUACGACGAAGAAUACGGCAGGUAAGCGGCCAAAACAGCUGAGUGGGUACCAAGUUGCGAAACAGGUAUAUCGCGAGAGGGAGUAA